AUGGAACUGCACUCCCCCAUGUACUUCUUCCUCUCGCACCUGGCCACCGUCGACAUAGCCUACGCCUGCAACACGGUGCCGCAGAUGCUGGUAAACCUCCUGAAUCCGGCCAAGCCCAUCUCCUUUGCUGGAUGCAUGACACAGACCUUUCUCUUUUUGACUUUUGCUCUAACAGAAUGUCUUCUCCUGCUAAUGAUGUCCUAUGAUCGGUAUGUGGCCAUCUGCCACCCCCUAUUCUGUCAUGUCAUCAUGAGCUGGAGUGUCUGCAUCUCCCUGGUGGUGAUAUCAUGGGCAUGUGGCUCCCUCCUGGCUCUUGUUCAAAUGGUUCUUGUGGCUGCCCUUCCCUUCUGUGGGCCUCAUGAAAUCAACCACUUCUUCUGUGAACUCGUAUCUGUCCUCAAGCUGGCCUGUGCUGACACAAGGUACAUGUCCCCCAAGUCCCGCCAUCCUGAAGAGCAGCAGAAGAUCCUUUUCCUGUUUUACAUUUUUUUCAACUCUAUGCUGAACCCGUUGAUCUAUAGCCUGAGGAACGCAGAGGUCAAGGGUGCCCUGAGAAGAGCACUGUGCAAGGAAAGUCAUUCCUGA